UGACUGGGUCAUACUGGGGCCUAAAGAAGCUGAGGAAGGGGGGUCGAUAAGAGGGAGGUCCCCAGCUGGGGUGGUGGCUAUGGGAGCCCAGAGAAAGGGCACCAUCUGCCUCCACUCCCGGCUGGGUGCACUCAGCUCAUGUCUCAACUUGCCGGGUGCCGGCCCCGCCCUUCCUCACCCAGUGGGUACUCGGGAGUCCAGCCCAGCUUGGAGCGUACUGUAGCGUCCAGGAACCUCCCCAGCGCCACAGGACUUGGAUGUCCCAAGGACACGGAUGGCGACAGUGGGACCGCGGACCGGGCCGAAUGCAGGGGCCGAAGCUCUGGCUCUGGCGGCAGAGCUCCAAGGAGAGGCGACGUGUUCUAUUUGCCUAGAGUUUUUCCGGGAACCCGUGUCGGUCGAGUGCGGGCACAGCUUCUGCCGCGCCUGCAUCACGCGCUGCUGGGAGCGUCCCGGAGGGGGAAUCGGCACGGUGACCCGCACGCUUCCCUGCCCAUUGCCCUGCCCUCAGUGCCGGGAGCCCGCUCGCCCCAGCCAGCUGCGGCCCAACCGACAGCUGGCCGCAGUGGCCUCGCUGCUUCGGCGCUUCAGCCUGCCCCCGGGCAUCGUCGGGGAACGCGGGACUCCGGCGGUGGCAGCCGGGGCGGCGGCUGCACGGUGUUCGCAACACGGAGAGCUGCUGAAGCUCUACUGCCAAGAUGAUGGACGUGCCAUUUGCGUGGUGUGCGACCGCGCCCGCGAGCAUCGUGCGCACGCAGUGCUGCCCCUGGAGGAGGCGGUGCAGGAGGCCAAGGAGCUGCUGGACUCCAGGCUGAGGACCUUGAAGAAAGAACUGGAAGAGUAUGAAGUGUUCCGAUCCACGGAGGAGAGGGAAAGCAAGGAGCUUCUGAAGCAGAUGGCAGCAGAGAAAGAGAAGGUGGGGGCAGAGUUCCAGGCACUUCGGGCCUUUCUGGUGGAGCAGGAGGGCCGGCUUCUAGGCCGACUGGAGGUGCUGUCCCGGGAAGUGACCCAGAAGCAGAAUGAGAACCUGGCCCAGCUGGAGGGUGAGAUCACUCAGCUGUCCAAACUCAGCAGCCAGAUCCAGGAGACAGCUCAGAAGCCUGACCUAGACUUCCUCCAGGAAUUCAAAAACACACUAAGCAAGUGCAGCAGCGUGCCUUGCUCCAAGCCAACCACGGUCUCAUCUGAGAUGAAGAAUAAAGUGUGGAAUGUUUCCCUCAAGAGUUUCGUCUUAAAAGGAUUGCUGAAGAAGUUCAAAGAGGAUCUCCAGGGAGAGUUGGAGAAAGAGGAGAAAGUGGAACUCACUUUGGACCCUGAUACAGCCAACUCCUGCCUCAUCUUGUCCCUGGAUCUAAAGAGCAUGCGCCUAGGACAGCGCGCCCAGGACUUGCCUAACCAUCCCAACAGCUUUGAUACCAACACCCGCGUUUUGGCAUCCUGUGGUUUCUCCUCAGGGCAACAUCACUGGGAGGUGGAAGUGGGCUCCAAGGACGGCUGGGCCUUUGGUGUGGCCCAAGAGAGUGUGUGUCAAGGCCUCACGCCCUUUACCCCUGAGGAGGGUGUCUGGGCAAUGCAACUCAACAAUGGGCAAUACUGGGCUGUAACCAGCCCCGAGAGGACGCCCCUCACCUGUGGGCAUCUGUCGCGGGUGAGGGUGGCGCUAGACCUGGAAGUGGGGGCGGUGUCCUUCUAUGCAGUGGAGGAUAUGCGCCACCUGUACACCUUCCGGGUCAACUUUCAAGAGCGAGUGUUCCCCCUUUUCUCUGUUUGCUCCACCAGCACCUACUUGAGAAUCUGGCCGUGAAGAGCUGUCGGCCUUCCCAGGAGGGGACAGGGCAGCCUUGAGGGAGCUCUCCCCCAUAAAACAGACGUACUCCAUCUUGGACUUUCCCUCCACACCCCUAACCCAGUUUGCCCUAGCGGGCUGUCACAACCAGAGGCGCUGAAACCUGAUUGAGUAAAGAGGCGCUAUUGGGUAACUCACAGGGAAGAGAUGACUUGGACCCUUGGGCAUUCUCCUUUCUGUACUGUUCCUGCGCGUUGUAUCUGAACUGUGGAGAGGUGAUCGCCCACAAAGCCCAGCUCUUAACAAGGGUGCUUCAAACCACAUGGGCUAGGUUUAGAAGGGUCCCUGUGCGCACAGAACAAUGUCGAAGACUGGCACCCUUGCAAAGGGUGUGCUUUGGCUCUCCAGCCAUCAGGUUAUUACUUUACAUUUAUUUGUGGCAGCUGCGGACUCUGCCUAGAGAGGUCACUGAGUCCUCCGAAUCCAGCUGGCCAGGCUGGGCUGUUUAUUUAGGGAGGAACACUGUAGCUCCAGGCUCAGAAGCCAGCCUGAUUAGACCUGGAAGGAAACUCUUGGCCUAUAAACAAGGCCUGGACAACAGUGUACACAUAUACCUGCAUUGUUGUUUUCCAGCACCCCUUAGCCUGAUAUGAUGAUAUCUUUGACCACAGUAACUGGCAACAUGUGUGAUCAUAGGUGCCUUAAGCCUCACAUUUUCCAUCAGAGUAUAGCCUCCUUUGGGUAAGGAGAUCAAAAGUUUCUGGAAUUGUGAAACACAGAUUGAUUCUUGAUGCAACUAGCACCAGUGUGGAGAUACACGCAGCAUAAACACAGCCCUGACAAACUCUUUCUGGAUCUUACUAACUAUGCAAACAGCUAAGCAUCCUGGUGUCGAGGACUACUGAGCCUCCAUUAUGGAGAGUGUUGAGCGGGCAAGCCUCCUUAUCCUGUUGGAUACAAAGCUGGGCUUCUGGAAGGGCAGCAGUGGGCUGUUCCCUGCUUAGUGAGUGCUCCCUUGGGAAGAGGCAGAGCAGAUGGAAAUACAGAUUUUGAGCACACUUCUGGGGGUGGAUGGAUUCAUUCUUGAUGCCCUGGUCUGACUGUAGGAGGCUAUGUCUGAGUAAUGGUUUCAUCCCGAGUAUUUGAGGUGUAUGAGCUUGUGUGCUUGUAUCUCAGAUAUCGGAUGAGAGGUUCGAGGGUUUCAGUGAGGGCACUUAUGAGCACCUGUAUAGGGGUUAGCUGUUGCAAACAGAUAACCACACAAAAAACACAGCUUCCCAUUUACCGUGGAAUCAUGAUGGGCAGAGUUCAGAUCCCAGCAUCCAUGUAACAGGUAGCAUGUUUUAUAAAUACCCAGUCUCCGGCUUCAAAGGAUAUUAUGAUGCCCUCUCUUGGUCUCUCUGUACACACACCCCAGAGCCAGCGCACACACAUGUGUAUAUGCAUACACACAGAUAACAUACACAUAAACAUACACAUUCGAUUUCACUUCAAAGGGAGCAAGAGAUAGCUUAUUCUGGUAUGGGGAUGUGACAGCCAGCCCUAACCUGAUGGCACUGUGUUAUUGCCUGCUGUACCCCAGUCAACUUGUCACACUUCUUCCAGAGUGCUCAGACCUGUGUAAUUUACGCAUAACUCCCCUGUAAUGGCUAAAGAAACAAUAUGGUACCAGGUAACCCUUAAGGGCCAUUGACCUUUGCCCUGGAAUGACUGUGAGAUCCUAGUGGCUGCAGGUAAGAUAAGAAUAGGACAAUGGUGUUCCUGCUUUCUGCUUUCAAAAACUCAACGUUUGUGGGACUGGGAUGAAGUAGUCUUUUCAUUACUAUACAAUGGGAAAGAGAAACCACUGAAGGGAAUAAAGCGAUUUCCUGACCAGACGUGGAUUCCAUAGAAAUUGUAAUGUACAUUUGGAUAUCACCUGGGUUCCUGUAGUUCUCUACAGAACAGCAUGCUGUUUGCCUCUGAGGCUGCUGUCUUUCCGCUAGCAGUAAGAGCCAGCUCAUUUAAUCUAAAUUGAGCCUAAGUCUUUGGUCUUUACCAGUGGAUUGGAACACCACAACACUGAAGUCAAGUAUGAGUGACUAUGUCGCGGGGCCGGGGGGCAGAUUUAGACUUAGAUAGCUCUAAAUAUCGUGUUUCCUUGGCUAGGCUGGAACUUUCUAUGUAGACUAGACUGGCCUUGGAUUCACAGAGACCCUCCUGCCUCUGCAGCUCUGGGAUUAAAAGUGUGUACCAACCAUA